CGUUCUCUAAUGUGACUAGAUUAGCAGUACUAACAUGGGAAUCACUGGAGGUCAGACAUCCUGGGGAGCAGGCUGACCUCAGUGGGUGUGGUUAGCACUCAUGACUCUGGGUACUCAGAAGUAAGAGGAAGUACCCAUUUUAACAGAAGAGCUAAAGCUAUCUCUACACAGAGCUCUCCGUUGAUUUCACCUGCCAUGUUUUCAGGUCUUACUUUCAACUGUGUCCUGCUGCUGCUGCAACUACUACUUGCAAGGUCUUUGGAAGAUGCUUAUACAGUUGAGGUCGGUAAGGAUGCCUCUCUGCCCUGCAGCUACUCUCUACCUUCCCCUAGGACACUUGUGCCUGUGUGCUGGGGCAAGGGAUCCUGUCCUUGGUCACAGUGUGGCAGCGAGUUGCUCAGAACUGAUGAAAAGAAUGUGAUAUAUCUGAAAUCCAGCAGAUACGAGCUAAAGGGGGAAUUCUACAAAGGAGAUGUGUCCCUGACCAUAGCGAAUGUGACUCUAGCUGACGGAGGGACCUACUGCUGCAGGAUACAAUUCCCUGGUCUAAUGAAUGAUAAAAAAUUAGAACUGAAAUUAGACGUCAUCGAACCAGCCAAGGUCACCCCAGCUGAGACUGCCCAUGGGGAUUCUACUACGGCUUCUCCAAUAACUCUAACCACUGAGAGAAAUGGUUCAGAGACACAGACCCUGGUGACUGUCCAUGAUGACAAUUUAAUAAAAAUGUUCACAUGGGCUGAUGAAAUUAAGGACUCCAGAGAAACUAUCCGAACUGCUGUCCAUCUUGGAGUAGGCAUCUCUGCUGGGCUGGCCCUGGCACUUAUCCUUGGUGUUUUAAUCCUUAAAUGGUAUUCCUAUAAGAAAAAGAAGCUACAGAAUUUGAGCCUUAUUACACUGGCCAACUUGCCUCCAGGAGGGUUGGCGAAUGCAGGAGCAGGCAGGAUUCAUUCUGAGGAAAAUAUCUACACCAUCGAGGAGAAUGUAUAUGAAAUGGAGAAUUCAAAUGAGUACUACUGCUAUGUCAGCAGCCAGCAGCCAUCCUGACCGCUUCUGGGCUGCCACUUUUAAGGGCUCCCCUUCAUUUCUGACUUCGGUAUUUUCCUUUUUGAAAACUAUGUGAUAGGUCACCUGGCAACCUCAUUAGAGGUUCUGUCCACAGCCACUGAGAAAAGAGUUCCUGUUUUCUGUGGAUAAUUAGCUCUCAAGAGGAUUCAACUGUAACCCACUCUCCAUUGAAAUGUGCCAUUUAACCUGGGUUUCAGGGAUAGGAUCUCCCAUCCCAGAGACUGUAAUCAUGGAUGUUGAAGCUCACAUGUGCUUUCAUACAUUAGGAAUGGUUAGUAUGAUGUCUUUGAGACAUUGAGUUUUGUGGUAUGUCCACAAAGCUCCUGAACAGGUAGGGGGAAUAAAGGGCUAAGAUAGGUAGGUGCAGUUCUUUGAUGAUGUUUGAAAAUCUAAAGAAGCCAGUAGUUUUCAUAGAAAUUUCUGACCUUGAAAGAUUAAGAAAAAGCCAGAUGGCAUACGAUUAACAUUACAUAACUUGGGAACCUCAGGCAGGAAGGUGGUAAGUUCAAGGUCAGCCAGGGCUAUGUUGGUAAGACUUUGACUCAAAAAAAACAAAAGAAGAAAAUAGACAUACAGACAUCAAGGAGGGUGGAGAUGUGGCUCAGACAGUGAGGUGCUUUUUGUACAAGCAUGAGGAAUCUGUGUUUGAUCCCAGACCCCACAUGAAAAAGCUAGGCAUGGUAGUGCAUGCUUGUAAACUCAAGAGAUGGAGAGGUGAAGGUAAAGCAGAGGCCUGAGACUCGGGUGCCAGUCAGCUUAGCCUCGAUGCUGAGUUCCAAAUCCGAGAGAGUCCUUGUCUCAAAAUAAGAUGGACUAGGUUCCUGGGAAAUUUCAAUGGAGGUUGUCCUCUGGUCUCAGCAGAGACAUGCGCAUGAAUCUGUACACACACACACACACACACACACACACACACACACAUGGUCACACACAAAAGAAAUAAAGAAAGGAAGGAAGGUAGAGAACAGGGCUAAAUGAUGAUGCAGGUUCUAUCUGUGCCUGCUACCUCCCUAUACUGUGUAUCUCUGCAUGACUCUCCUCUGCCUCUGUUAAGACUCCUUCUGAAUGGGAGCAUGGUGGAGCAGACCAGUAAUUAAUUCCAGCACUCAGAAGGUUGGAGCAGGAGCAUGGAGGGUUCAGGAGUACUGCCAAACUCUCCUACACAAGAAAAAGCUUGCCCACAGGCAGCUGCUGACUGUCAAAGGAAACCCUUUGCGAAAGACGAACCUUGCCUGUUGUGUGCUCAAAGGGAACCGACUCAGACAACUUCUCCAUUCCUGGAGGAAACUGGAGCUGUGUUUCUGACGGAAGAACAACCAGUGACUGGGACACAUGAAGGCAGAGCUCUUGCCGCAAUCGAUAUAGUCAGCAAAAGAUCCUCUGGGAGGACAGUGGUCACCGAAUUUAAUUUCCAAGCUGGAGGAGCUCAGUUUCAUCUGGCUUAACAACUGCUUGCCCAGUGUGUGGGUCUGUGUUGGUUCCCACAUAUAACAGAACCAAAUUAAAUAGACCCAGAGUGAAAAUAUUAAGUGAGCAGAAAGGUAGCUUUGUUGAAAGAUUUUUUUUUUUUUUUUUGCAUUGGGGAGCUACUGUGAACAUCAGAGGACAUCUGUUAGCGAGGACACCGAAACCUGCCUGUUUAGUUAUGGUUUUUCUUGUAUGAAUUUUGUUGUUUUAGGUUGUGUCUAGCUAGUCGUGGGGGUACUGGCUUUCUUAGGUGGGUAUGGAAGGGAGACCAUCUGGCAGAAUCAAUUAGAGGUAACAGCUCUCACGCAGCUGGGAAAACCUAAUCUCAAAUGUUUUAAAGUAAUAAAACUGUACUGCUGAAGUACUUUGAGCAUA